UCCGCCCCCGGGGAGAGCGACAAACUCUCGCGAUACCCGACGGCGCUUGACGUGUCUGGUCAUACAAUAAUGGCGGCGGAUGCUGUGGAGGAAGCGCUCCGGGGAAGCUGGGACCAGGAUCUAGCAGAGGCUCUGGACUCUGGCGGUUCCGACAUGGAGACGGACAAAGGCGUCGUCCACGUCCAGGAGACCUCAGCUCAACAGAGAGCUAAAAUGUGGAAGCUCGCGCUGAAUGUGUCCGGUAAAGGAGACUCUCUCGCUCCCUGGGACGGCGUCCUGGAUUUACCAGAACAGACGCUCAUUCACGGUCGCAGUCUGCAGCUGAUUGAUCAGCUGCAAGUGUCCGAGGAGGAGCGGAGCGACAUGGUGUCCGACGUGGAGGCGGUGAUCACGUUCUACUGCAAGUCGCGCAACAUCAGCUUCACGUCGGACCUGAGCUGGCCGCACCUCCUCAAGCCGCUGCUGGGGCUUCGGCUAGCCCGGAGCGACCUCUACAACUGUUUCUACGCCAUCAUGAAUAAGCACGUACCUCGCGAGUGCGUCCCCAAGGGCCGCCCUUUCCACCUUUACAGACUCCUCUUGCAGUACCACGAGCCAGAACUCUGCUCCUUCUUGGAUACCAAAAAGAUCACGCCUGACUCGUAUGCCAUCAACUGGAUGGGGAGCCUCUUCUCCAGCCACUGCCCACCCGACGUCACCCAAGCUCUUUGGGACUGCUACCUCCAGCAGGCGGACCCGUUCCUCAUCUUCUUCCUCAUGCUCAUCAUCCUCGUCAAUGCCAAAGAAGCCAUCCUUGACAGAGAAGGCGACAGCAAAGAAGACAUCAUCAAAAUGCUGGAAGAAUCUCCUUCUCUACUUGAGGCUGAAGACAUUGAGGAUUUAUUUUCCUUGGCGCAAUACUACCAGACCAAGACCCCUCUAUCGCUCAGGAAGAUGAACCAGAACCUCUUCGGCAGCAGCCUCGUAACGUUGAAGGAGGAGGACAUCGACCUGAGUCAGGCGCUCUGCCUCCCCGUGUCCGUCCCUGAAAUCCUGCAGGCCAACCAACAUCAGCAGGAUGGGGUGCGCUUCUUUGUCGUGGAUUGCCGGCCCGCUGAGCAGUACAACGCCGGUCAUUUGUCCACUGCCUUCCACUUGGACUCCGACCUGAUGCUCCAAAACCCUUCCGAGUUUGCCCUGUCAGUCAAGUCCCUCCUGGAAGCCCAGAAGCAGUCCCUGGAGUCGGGCUCCAUUGCCAGCGGAGAGCACCUUUGCUUCAUGGGCAGCGGCAGGGAGGAGGAGGACAUGUACAUGAACAUGGUUCUGGCUCAUUUCCUGCAGAAAAACAAGGAGUAUGUCAGCAUUGCAAAGGGGGGCUUUAUGGCUCUGCAGCAGCACCUCGUGGACAUGAACGUGGAGGGAUUGGACUCGUCGUACAUCCACUGGAUCGUCAGCACGUCGGGAUCUCACAGCAGCCUCAGCUCGGCGGACGGGGAGUCUCUGAGUGACGGGAAAGGCGUCAAGUCAUUGGUCAACAAAAUGACUUUUGCGCUCAAGUCCAAGUCGGUGAACGUAAAAGAGAAGAUGAUCAGCUUCAUUGAAAACACGUCCGCCCCUGUGGACAGAAUAUCUUUCAAUCUGCCCUGGCCAGAGAAGGUGAUUCCCGAUAGGCACGUGAGCAGCAGCGACCGCGUGGGCAAACCUUACCGCGGGGUCAAGCCCGUUUUCAGUAUCGGCGACGAAGAGGAGUACGACACAGACGAGAUCGACAGUUCGUCCAUGUCGGAUGACGACCGGAAAGAGAUCGUCAACGUCCAGACGUGGAUCAACAAGCCGGACGUGAAGCAUCACAUCCCGUGCAAUGAGGUCAAGGAGACGGGUCACAUGUUCCCCAGCCACUUGCUGGUGACGGCGACGCACAUGUACUGCCUGCGUGAGAUCGGCGCCAGGAAGGGCUUCGCUUACAUCCAGUCCAGGCAAGCGCUGAGCUCCGUGGUGAAGAUCACGUCCAAGAAGAAGCACCCGGAGCUCAUCACCUUCAAGUUCGGCAGCAACAACUCGACGGCGGGAGUGGAGAUCGCCGCGGUGGAACGAUACCUGAUCCCCAACGCCGGCGACGCCACCAAAGUGAUCAAGCAGCAGAUCAUGAAAGUCCUCGACGCACUGGAGAGCUCUUAAAACGGAAGCAGACGACAAUGGCGGCGCACGGCGGCCGCUUGCCCCACCCCCGACGCAAACAGUCAAGUCGCCCCGGGAACCGACGCGGUGCAGCGCGGCUCCCCGGACGCCACGUCGCUCCACUGCACAACCGCGGGAGGCGGGAGCGUAUCAUGCUGCCCUAUUUACACUAACUUAUAAAUUAUAUAUAUAUAUUGGAUAUACUGUAAUAUUUGUUAAUUCUAAAGCAGUGCAAUUCCGCUUUGGAAGCUUCCCUCUUGGCCUUAAGGUAGCCUUACCCUUCGAGCAUUUGUUAAAUGAUUACGUGACAUUCUGUGUUUAAUGUUUAACAAUGUUUUGGGGCUGUCUUAUUUCCACAAUAGUUGAUUUAGGCGGAGAACUUCAGAAUGUACUGAACUGGCGGCUUCCAGGCGCCGGCCCAUUACGAACAGAUUUUCCUUCUAGUUUUUGAAUUUUCUUUGAUUUUUUUUUUUUUUUUUUUUGGGGGGGGGGUUCCCCAGCUGGCAGCCUUAAGUAGAAAGCUCCUGUGAGGUUCACUAUUAACGUGUAAAUAUGAUAUUCAACUGUUUUGUGACGCAUAUCCAGAAUUAAAAGUAUGCAGCAAGGCUUUAAAAAAACAUCUAAUGGGUGUGUGUGAUGUAGCACCUGAUUAUCUUCCUUUGCUUAUGAGAGGAGGUUCAAUGAUCAUCAUUUAUCACACCCACAUUUGGGGUUUUUAUUUUUUUUUUUCAUAUUGCAUUUCUCCUUGAAAGGAAACUGUUGACCCUGCAUCCUGUAAAAUGACAAAGUUGAAUACAGGAAUGGCAACGAUUGCCUUUUUUCACGCCAAUCUUUCUCCUGUGUUACACUUCAUGCAUCGUGCUGUAAAUGUGGUGAUACUUGCAGUAUUUAAGCAGGAAUGAAACUAUUGGGAUUAGUCUGUGUACCGCUGGUUAAGAUCACUGACGAAAGGACGGCACCACUAAGGUUGCAAUGCAAAAAAACCAACAAAAAAAGUGUGAUUUGCACCUUUAUGUAUUGCUAUUUUCUAAACAAUUCCCAUUUUGAUAAAAUAAAGCGAUAC